GUGCGCGUUGGAGAACGCCAAGAAAGUGUUUUUUGAGCAGCUCGAGAGCUCCAGCUUCCGCGCCCUUCAUACGCAGCGAGAUCCCACACGACGCCAACUAACCGCCAUGGAGACUUGACGCGCAUAUAUCUGAAUACGUGGGAGAUAUUGCGCUGUCCUUGAUCCGCAAUGGCGAAAAUUUACAAGGAGACCAAGGUCGAUCUUCGACCAGUGUCCCCCAGCACCGUCGUCAACAUCCAGAUUCCGACCCAGGAUGGCGCGCAGCGUCGAGCUAGGUUUUCGAUAGCACCAUUCGAUGCGCAGGAAGAACCGAUAUCUAAGGAUGAGGAGGAAUUCGUGAAACGAUAUCUAGCGACCCAAGGAUCCAUAUACUUCCGUCAGCGAAAGGCUUAUCCACGAGCCUUUGUCUGGAGGGUGGUCGACGACAACAGAGUCCUGGAGAUCCAGUCUGCCGACUUAACCAGGAGCGCACAUGAGCAUCAUGAAGCCAACGUUAGACUUCGAUUGGAUUUCCAGGAGGCGAUUAUCCCGUCAGGAGUUGCACUUGCGGAUCCGGAAGAUCAUGAGGUGGUGAAUGUGUUCGUGCUCACUGUCUCAAAACAAUUGCACACUUUGACCCUGCGGCCUGAAUUCUUUCGGAGGACAUCUUCAAUUGAUGAAAAUGUAUCAGAUUGGUGCAAGACGUCCACACCAGCGCCCUUGGCUUUUUCAUAUCCGCAUCGACUCCAUGCCAGCAGCCCAUACGAACUUUUUAUCUCCUUGGACAGUGGAGCGCUACUGCGCUUGACAAGGAGAGCUGGAGACGAUGGCUCCCACUGGUCGCCAAUUACGUUUGAUGAGAAGACUUGGGGUGCGUCGCUACGCGGCCUUGUGAAGUGGAAUGCCCAGCCAACGAUUCGAUUCGAUGGUCGUAACCUUGAUCAGACAACCGCUACUGCUAUUGCAACAACCUCUGACCAGACUUAUGUCUUCGCCGUUUGCCUAAACCACACGUUGAAAGUAUGGAACCUGGCGUCGAAUAAGCUGGUUGGUUCGAAAGAUCUGUUGAACCGCCCGGUACAGCCUCAGGACACACCCUCGUAUACCCUCAACCCGGCAGAUUCAUCCUUCAUUCGGGUGUUCAAUGCUGAGAGGGCAAUGGAUGGCGGUCAUCGAUACUACAUCGCUACCUACUCCCCGCAUGAGGAUGGAAUUUUCAAGUUCUGGGCUGUCAAGGGAGGUUUAACGGCGCCGUUAACCAUCGAAGACCUCUUCCCCGACGCCACUCUCAAAGUCCCUGAUCCGGACCCAUCAGGAAACAUGUUCUGGAGUGUCGCUGAUUUCCAGAUUAGACCCAUGGAGGAGGGCCGGCACAUGGAGUUAUGGGUUUUGUGGCGGAACAAAAGUCUGUACCAGUUGAACAGUCUACACUUCGACUUCCAAAGUUUGGUUCAGGACUGGUCGACUAACUGGGUUUCAUCGGCCAUGGAACUGCGUCGUCAUGAACCACCCCCGGCUAUGGUAUCUUCAGAUGCGGUUGAUCCAACCGAGAAGUGGUUGGAAUAUAUUUUCAGUCCUGGGAGAUACUCGCCUGAGACUUUAGAGACAGCUCUAGCAGCCUACCAAGAAGCCCUAAGACCCAUGUCUUCGGCUUCUGCACUCAAGAGAAGCGUACCGUUGCAGGAGAGACUCUGCUCUACUAUCGCAGCGACAGUGUCCCUGCGGAAGUAUUCCGAGGAUGAUAUGGACUUCACCAGAUACAGAACUGAUACGGAUACCAAGUGGCGGCAGUUUUGGCAGAUAGCCGACGACAUCAACCAAAGGCGAAUGGAGCCGUUAUCUCUUGCUUACGAUACAUAUGCUGAUAUGCCGUGGGUAUUGUUGUCGGAUGCCUGCAUCCUCGUACGCGAAUGCAGCGCUACAGAGCUGGUUCUUCAUAACUCAGGCUCAGUGUUGCGCGAUGAGAUCGCCAAAAUCGGCGAUCGUUGGCGGCACCGGAAUGUUGAGUCGGAGUUAGGUGACUUAUACGAGCAGACACCGUAUCUAAUCAAUGUCGCUGCAGGCUUCAGGAAAGGACUAUCCCCUGAAGUUGACAGAGCCUGCCAGGCCGCCUUGCAUGCAGAGAUAUUCGUUGAACCAUCCCUUUCCGUUCCAGAUCGAAUGGCAGCUUUCCAAGAACGGUGUGAACUCGGUGAACGCGUCACUGACGAGGCCUUUGACAAUCUCUGCGCUGCCAUGAAUGAGCACUUGAACAUAUACAACCUCCCAAGCGAGCUCUUUUACUCCAUUAUAAGCACGGCACCGCUAGGUUUCCCAGGAAAGGACUCGGAUCUUCUCUGUACUGUAUUUGGACUCCGAGCUACGGUCAACGGUGCUCAAGAGAUGAUACUGCACACGAAACAGGUUCUUUAUGAUCUUCUAAUCCUUGUAGUCUUCUUGGAUGGAGAGAUUAACCAGGAGGAAGGCUCGACCUUCGAUGCGGUCGACCUGUUCUCUACGCUUGUUGAUAUGCUGAGAGAGUACGAGAUGAUGUCUUGGUUGGGUUCGCACACCCGCAAACGCACUGAACGGCAUCUUGAAGAGUCUGAGACGGCAGGUUCAACUUUCUCACUAAAGAACCCAGAGACAAAAAACAGAAAUGUCAGGGUUACUACAAUUCUCGAGGAUCUUUUUGCCGUCCACAUAAAACCUCGCCCACCAAUUGGUAUACCGCAGACUUGCACGUUGACUUAUGGCAUUCGUGAUGUGAUAUCAUGGGUGACAAGACAGGGUGAAGUUGCUUAUCCUAAUGUCCUGGUCUUUAUACAAUGCGAUCUAAUCGCCAACGGGAAUAUCAACCUUGCGUCUGAUUUCUGGCGGUUCCAACCGACUACUGCGUGGGCAACUUAUGUGAAAGGCCGACUGUGCAUCGCGAAGUCAGAAUAUGACAUGGCAGCCGUUUACUUCAAGAAGGCCGCACAUCUACUUUCUUCCGGAAGGGCUCUCGGGAAUCUCCACGAGAUGUCGUCUGGCCUUAUCGAUAUUCUCUCCGUUGAUAACUUCAAUAAUGGGCUUCCCAAAUAUUUCCAGCAUAUUCUUACUCUAUUCGAACAUGCUAGGGCAUUUUCUUAUGUCGCUGACUUUGCGAUCCUUGCGUUGCAAGCUCUCGAGUGCGAUAACAAGAAUUCCAUACGUGAUUCGGACUACGCCUCUCUGCGCACCGACUUACUAUCACGACUUUUCCAUGCAUCCCUGAAGACCUGUCAAUUCGACCAGGCUUACUCGGCACUCUCCCGCUACACAGAUUUGGCGUUGCAGAAAUCCGCGCUCGGCUCCCUGAUCACCAGCAUACUCUCAGUGUCAGGCCCCGGUACCGCGGGUCUUAAGCAGCUUCUCCACUUACCUAUUCCCCUCACUCCCCACCUCUCAUCUUACGUUGAUGAUACACUUGUGUCACUAUCCAAGAGGCAGACUUCCUUCAUUUCUCCUCUUGAACCCAGCAAUAGGAGUCCUGACUAUCAGAGGAUUCUCCACGCAUAUCGGAUUUCACGCAACGAUUUCCGUGGUGCGGCCGAGGUGGGCUACCAAAUCGUGCAGCGACUACGGAAAGCAAGAGAUGCCCCAUCUCAGCAAUUGAUAUUCAAGAAGAACAAUGACAACGACGAUACAAAACGCAUGAUCGAGGAAGAUGACCUGGAGAGCAAAGAGAUAAGACACGAACUUCUCGCUCUGAUAAACCUGCUUGCCUGCGUUGAGAAGAGUGAGGCUUAUAUCUUCGUCGAAACCGAAGAAUCUCUUUCCGGUGGGGAACCUAACAGACGCCGCAGCCUGCAAAAGGACGACGACGUGUUCAUGGAUGAUGUUAGCAUUGGUUCACCGUCUGCAAGUCACAGGGCAAGUUCUAGUGGAGGCUUCAACUUGAGUGGCCGCAGAGAUAGCAGAUCGUCUAUAGGUGGUGGUGCUGGAUUCAAUGGCUUCCAUGAGUCAAAUAAGCCACGCCGGAGGGUCAUAGUCACUCUUGACCACCUGCGUCGGGAAUACCAGGCGGAGUUGGAUCGUGUGAGCCGGAUCGAGCGAGGCGACUGGGAGUUUGGCGCAGUUGAGGCAGAUGAAGAGGACAAUGAAGACACCAUGGUGCUCUCGUAGCCUGUUGCUACGAACCCUGACUUCUUUGUAGCACUUCGAAAUCUCAUUGUUCUGUGUUCUGAGAUCCCCUUAUACUGUACUUUCAUGAUGGCGAGGGGACAUGACGAUGUUUGGCUAAUUUCAUCUUACUGAAGGGAGGAGUAUUUAGGCGUGUCUUCUCAUCGGAUUUCGUAUCAGGUCCUGGGGGAAUAAUCCUAAAAUCAGCAUCUCGAUCAACCUUACAAAAUCAUAUAUGUAAGAAUAGUCGCCAAUU